UAUUUACUUGCGAUCCUCGCACGGCCACACUGCGCUGGCAAAAUAAAUUACUUGGUGUUUAAAACAAAGUUGCCGUUGCGCUUCCUACGCUUCGCAUCGAAAUUGAAAUCGCAGCCCAAGCGCCGAACAGGCCAGCGGGUUCAGUUUUCCGGUGCAAGGGAACCCACCAAACCAAACGACCCUAAAUAAAAACCCGAUGAAAACACAAUCGCAGUCGCAGCAGCAACAAUAACACCACGAAGGAGAGAGCGAGAGAGCCCAGUUUGUUUUUGCUGUUGUUGCUGUGGUGUGAGUGAGUCAUGACGUUUCGGACGGCGUAGAAAAAGCCAGUUAAUAGUUUAAAGACGUGUUCGUGCAUUGCAUAAAGCGGGAGCAGCGGCAGCGUCAGCGGGACUUGCAACAGGAUCGGCCCGGCCAUUUGCUGCCAGGACUUGCAACAGCUGCGCCCAGUCCGCAGCGAGACACACAUACACACAUACGCAUACGCAUACUGGAACGGUGCCAGAGUACCGAGUGUCACACCACACACACACUCACUCACACACACAAACACAAACACAUAGUCUGUCGUCACAGUUGGCUACCUUUCCAUUCGGAUUGGACUGAAACUCUGAUUCGGAGCAGCAACUUUCGCCAAGCCCAAACCCAAACCCGAAUCCACUUCCACCAUGGUGGACCGCCUGGUGAACUCGGAGGCCAACACCCGGCGCAUCGCUUCCGUGGAGAACUGCUUCGGCAGCUCGGGCGUUCCGCUGGCCAUGCAGGGACGCGUCCUGGUGGGCGAGGGCGUGCUGACCAAGAUGUGCCGCAAGCGGCCCAAGUCGCGCCAGUUCUUCCUGUUCAACGACAUACUGGUGUACGGCAACAUCGUGAUCGGCAAGAAGAAGUACAACAAGCAGCACAUCAUGCCGCUGGAGGAGGUGUCGCUCGAGUCGAUUGCCGACAACCAGGCGUACCGGAAUGGCUGGUACAUCCGCACCACCACCAAGUCGUUCGUGGUGUUCGCGGCCACCAGCACCGAGAAGCAGGAGUGGAUGGCGCACAUCAACAAGUGCGUGGAAGAUCUGCUGCGCAAGAGUGGCAAGAAGCCGGUGGAGAACCAUGCCGCCGUCUGGGUGCCGGACACCGAUGCCAGCGUCUGCAUGCACUGCAAGAAGACGCAGUUCACCUUCAUCCAGCGCCGGCACCACUGCCGCAACUGUGGCGCCGUCGUCUGCGCCGGCUGCUCGGCCAAGAAGUUCCUGCUGCCGCAGCAGAGCACCAAGGCGCUGCGCGUCUGCGACGCCUGCUACGAACGCUUGAAGCACGUGCCCACCAGCUCACUGGCCGCUGGCGAGGAUUCGGGCGCCGGAGCUGCCGCCGCCGGCAACAAGCUCAACACCACGGCCGGCGACAGCUCCAACGACGAGGACUCAGACGAGGAGACAGCCUCCCCGGGCGGCGAGUCGCACGACGAGCCGCGCUUCUACGGCGACAACAGCGUGCUUUCCGCCGCCGACGACUCCUCGACGAUAACGUCGACCUCACCCUCCUCCGUGACGGCGGCGGCCAGCAGCCUGGAGGCUCCUCAUGCAGCUCCCAACGUCCAGAGCCCGCCGGCUGCCGCUGCAACAGCGGGCAGCUCCUGCUGAGCGGACCACUUGGCACUUCAUGACGCAAGAUGAACAACGGAAGCGAGGAGGAAAGUAAGGAGAUACGCAAGAUGAACUUAUUCAAGGCGCGUCCAAAUCCCUUUAAAAAGUGCUCGAUCGAACCAGUCGACUGCUACU